AUGCAGGAGAAUGGCUCAUCCAUUUGCCUUGAUACGCAGGGUAUAAUCACACCACAAUUGCUCGGCAGUAGUGGUGACAUGGACCCUUUUCUGAUUGGUCGUUAUCAAUACGACACAUCUGGGGCUUCUCAUUUCAAAAAUCUCAGUAUUCACUCUGUCUCUUCAGGGCCCGAGCCAACUCAAUUUUUACUGUCAAAGCCCUCAAUAUUUGCUGCCAGCAGAGAAGAAAACGGAUGCGAGAACGUUUCGACCCUUGAAUUGAGGCAGGAACUCGAGUCCUUGGUCCCGGCAGAUAUCGGUCUCAGACUUAUUAACUUAUUUGAGAGAAUCAUCGCACCGGAUUACCCGAUACUUGGUUUACCAGGCCAAUUAAACCCCAGCACCAGCCCGCCAUACCUCCUUGCGAGUGUAUACCUAAUAGUCGAGCCCUUCACUAAAUUUGACGAAAGACUAUGCAUUGAUCUCGCGUAUGAUAAGCCAUCAGGUGUGGCACUAUACGAGAUUAUCAACAAAGCGCUUCCAUAUGAGAUCCACGCACCGAAGCUUUGUGUUGUGCAGACAAUGCUUCUUUUGGCCAUUCGACCUUAUCCAAACCCAAUUGUAUUGGAUAGUGGCUUCAGAUGGUCCCAGCUCGCCACCCUUGUUGCUUGCGCUCAUACCCUUGGACUACAUUUAGAUUCAAAGUCAUGGCGAAUACCUCCAUGGCAAAUUGCGCAGCGACGUCGUUUGUCGUAUUUCAUUUAUUCGACAGACAAAUGGCUUGCAUUGAGCCUUGGUCGGCCACCUUUACUGCAUUAUGAUAACUGGCUCGUGACAUGUCUUAGUCAAGAGGAUCAACCUGACAGUGGACUUGACCCUCUAGCCUGGAUGAAUAUCAUGAAGCGAGCGGAACUCGACGCUCUACUUGAUCGUGUUCUAGCGCAAUUAUAG